CAGCAGCAGCGCAUUGAGUUGUGAAUGAGUUCCAUAAUGAAAACCCCUGUAAACCGCUUUCACGCAGUCAGCACCAGAAAGCGGUAGAUCAUUCAGCCUGUUUGUUUAUGAUUUGCCAUAUCAUUCGCUCGAAACUGUUUGUCCUCAUUUAUUAACAAUUCGCAACACUUUAAAAGUGCCUAAAUCGUCGCAGGUAUGGCGAAGAGACUCACUGAUCUGUUUGGCAACAACCGGAUCAUCGCGGGACUGUUGGUCAACUUAGUGUCUUCAAUAUGUAUAGUCUUCAUCAACAAAUGGAUUUAUGUGCAUUAUGGCUUUCCCAACAUGACCCUGACUCUCGUUCAUUUCGUGACGACAUGGCUUGGGCUGUUCGUGUGUCAGAAGAUGGAUAUAUUUUCCCCAAAGAGCCUCAGACCCACGAAAAUCAUCCUGCUGGCUUUGAGUUUCUGUGGAUUUGUUGCAUUUACUAAUUUGUCCCUGCAAAACAACACUAUAGGUACAUAUCAGCUGGCAAAGGCCAUGACAACACCUGUGAUUAUAGUCAUUCAGACGAUGUACUACAAAAAGACUUUCUCCACAAAGAUUAAACUCACACUAGUGCCGAUUACUCUUGGAGUCAUACUGAACUCUUACUAUGAUGUGAAGUUUAAUCUUUUGGGGAUGAUCUUUGCCACACUAGGAGUCUUUGUCACUUCACUGUAUCAAGUGUGGGUUGGUGCCAAACAGCAUGAGCUGCAGGUGAACUCCAUGCAGUUGCUUUAUUAUCAGGCACCCAUGUCUUCUGCGUUCCUUCUGGUUAUUGUGCCAUUCUUCGAACCCCUGACCGGAGAGGGUGGUAUCUUUGGCCCCUGGUCAUUCCAGGCCCUGGUAAUGGUCUUUCUUUCUGGUCUAAUUGCCUUUCUGGUUAAUUUGUCCAUAUAUUGGAUCAUUGGAAACACGUCACCUGUUACCUAUAACAUGUUUGGACAUUUCAAGUUCUGCAUCACUUUACUGGGAGGGUAUGUCCUCUUCCAGGACCCUUUGUCUUUAAAUCAAGGUCUGGGCAUCCUCUGCACCCUCACUGGCAUCCUGGCAUACACCCAUUUCAAACUGGCAGAGCAGGAUGCGGGCAAAAGCAAGCUCACUCAAAGACCAUAGGCCAGCUGAUGUGCAAGUUAUCUGUCAGUAUUUAAACCAGGGUUCAGUGCCUGAUAGUGUACAGAUAUAUACUGUAAGACUAACCAGAUGUACGUACACUGUAAAAAAAUUCCGUAGAAAUCGCAGCUGGGUUGCCGGUAAUUUACCGUAGAUUUACAUUUAUGUUAUUUACUGGCAAGAGUUUGUUCAAAGUUAAAUGAACAUUAAACAUUUACAAGUCUUUGUCUUUACAGAGUAAAACUAAAAAAACAGCAUCAAGCAAAACAUUCUGGGAAACAAAAUCUGAAGCAAAAAACAGAAAAAGGUUGAUGAUGAUUUCUGAUUCCCAGAAUGCUUUGCAUGAGGCUGUUAUUGUAUAGUUUUAUUCUGUGAAGAUAAAGACUUGUUAAUAUUUAAAAUUUAUUUAACUUUAAACAAACUCUUGCCAGUAAAUAACAUAAAUGUAAAUCUACGGUAAAUUACCGGCAACCCAGCUGCAAUAACAUUGAAAUUUCUACGGACUUUUUUUACAUUGUAGAGUGGAUGACUUUUUUGCAGCAUUCCAAUGAAUCACAUGGACUUUAAUUAAUGAAAAGGUUUAUGUACCUUAAAACAGUUUUAGUUUUUAUAUUUACUGUAUAAGAUCUUGCAAUAAACAUGAGCGGUCCGUUGUUUGCAAGAAAAAUGCUGAAUGUCCAAACAAAUUUACAUUUCAGUUUUAUACGUUGUAUUUAAUGAUGUAUUUUUCAUAUGCCGUGUACAACAAUAAAACAUUUUAUAUAA